AUGGUCAAAACAAUCCUCAUUACAGGUGCAACAGGUCAACAAGGUGGUGCCGCUAUUCGAUCUCUAGUCGACUAUAACUCUCAGCAUACAGAUAACCAAUAUCAAAUCUUAGCAUUAACCAGAAAUCCAUCUUCUGAUUCUGCCAAAGCUAUCUCCACUCUAGCCAAUGUAGAAUUAGUUCAAGGGGAUUUGGAUGAUGCGGAGUCCACAGCAAAGGUCUUCGAGGACCAGAAAACUAAGAACGGCAUUUUUGGUAUCUUCGUAGUCUUAGAGGCUCUCACCGGUAAAGAAGUCGAGCAAGGCAAGCGUCUCGUUGACUUGGCAAUCAAGUAUGAGGUGAAACGCUUCGUGUACAGCGGAGCAGAUUAUUCGGGACUUGCUCCUAGUCCUGUACCUCAUUUUGAGAGUAAACGACAGAUUGAAGAAUAUUUGAUUUCUACUUCUUCUGGUAAAGAUUUAGAUUGGACCAUUUUCAGACCAGCAGGUUUCCUAGAAAAUCUAUAUAUGCCAGGAUAUUCAAUGGUAGUAGCAGCCUUAUUAAAUCCAGAAAUCAAAUUCCCUUAUGUUGGAACAAGUGAUAUUGGUCGAGCAGCCGCUGAAGUACUCGUAUCUUCCAACAACGAGAACACGUUCAAAGGAAAGAAGAUUCAUAUUGCUGGUUGUUCUUAUUACCUCAAAGAUUUCCUUGAAAUCCUUUCAAAAUUCGGCUUCCCAGUGGCUGGAAUGACAAAAGAACAAGUUUGGCCAAUGAUACCUGAUGCGGGCAAAAUAUCUUUCGAUACAUACAACAAGUAUGGCGCGGAGGGUACUCCUGAAGAAACCAAACAGUAUUUCCCAUGGGUAAAAGACUUAGAAGAAUGGCUAAAAACAGAAUACAAGCCCAAAGGUGCUCCCAGUGUACAGGCGUAA